CAACGUUUGCUGUAAAAUAUUUCUAAAUGAUACGCAAAUUUUGAUAAAUGCAUAAAAUAGAAAAAAAUGAAAUGCUUGUAAAUUUUUUCGUACUCUCCCGUUAAUAUUUUCCAAUUACUUCGUGCUCUAUUGCUGCAAAAAUUCGUUUCUGUUAAUUAAUGGUGGAAAAGGGCUUCAAAUUUGUAGUGGUGAAUGUUAUUCGCGAGUUUUAUUCGCACCAAAAUAUCAAAUAUCAGUAAAUGCAUGCUGAAAAAAAUCAAAAGGGGGGCCAAUAACAGACCGAUAACCGACUCUCAGCAAAUCUCAAAGAAUUGCUAAUUGGCUGGCGUAACUGGGGUCACGAAAAAACUGAAAGGGUGUUUGUGAUAUAUAAAAAAGAAAUCAACAAAACCACCACUCAUAUUGUUUCGUUACCGCGAAUGUGUGAAUGUAUAUGAAAUGUGUGGGCAGAAUUCUGCUGCCGAGUACCCGGUGACGUGCCAGCCGAAGUUACUCGCUCGCUCUCGUUUUUCAACAUAGCACAUUGGCCAAUUUAUCAUACUCAAGAACAUGUACCUCCUCCAUUUGCACCAACACAUUCUUCAAGCGCUCUGAUUUUAUUUCUUAUCACGGGUGCAACCCUGUGAAAUGCAUUCUGUGCACAUAAUUUGCGAUAUUUGUUCAUUUUUAUUACAAAGCUUAUGGGCCGCAAAUAAAACACCGUAAAUAAAACAGUACUGCAUCAGUGACAACAAAAUACCCCUCCUUUGUGUAAAAAUACCUUUGUCAACUCAGUUGCACAGAGCAGCCAGCCGUAGACCUGUAACAGUGUACCGAUAAAAUAUGAAUAUCGCACGCAUUCUCGGACAUAAUAACAAAAUCUAUCAAAAGUUCGGCGAUUAUUGCAUUACAGAGGCAGAGCCAAAUCAAUGUUGUAUUGUUUGCUGCUUCUGCCAGGAAGAACACCACAGUGAGGAAACUUUCUGGGCGCACAUAAAACGGGUGCAUGACUAUACGCCUACAAGUCUGCGCGUGAUGCUCGAGGAGAAACCAGUGAUAGCUAAUUGCAUGAGAGAUGACAGUGAGAGUCGUGACACAACGCCGAGUUGUCAUAGCGGUAAGCUUACGCUAGCGACGUCCAAAACGAAUGUAGUUCAGCCGGUAGCAAGUGAUACACCAAUGUACGUGGAAGCAGAAUACCUUGAAGGUGUUGUGUUAAAUGAUCCAAACACACUCUUGGAACUUACCGAUAUAACGAGUACGUUUCUGGAUUUCAAAGAGAAGACGCCAUGUGAUACACAGAGUGCAACACCAAAAGGCAAUCAAGAAAAGGAGAACGUACAAAAAAUUGUGAACAAUCAAUUGAAUUCGGAAAUUCAGUCAUCCCGCGUAAAUGGUACUGCUAAAGACCUCAUAGACAUUGAUAGCCUCACACCCAAGCAGCUGUUGGAGAAUGGGAAAUUAUUAAAGCGCCUCUUCCAGCAGAUGCAACACGUCAACAAUGAGUUUAAAUAUAAACUAAAUAAGCUGACGCAGACUGUUAAGCUAAUUGAGUGUGAGCUCAAGAAAGAACCGGGUAGUCGUACGCUAAAACGUUACAUGAAAAUCAUACCAGAUCAGCCAUUUACCAGCCGCGACGAAGUACUUAUUUUGGAUGAUGAGUUGCAUCAUAGCAAAGAGAUGCGUGACGCAUUGCAUGAAGAAACACUGGCGCUACCUAUCGAUAAUGUUGAUUCAUUCUGUCGCAUACUCUGGCGCUUUAUUAUGACAGAUGAAGUAUCAAAUCAGUUCUGCUGGCGGGGUGUUGUAAAUGCGGAUAAAGUGACAAAAUAUCCCAUUAAGGAUAUGACUAUUUUGGACGUGUUUCAAGGUGUUUUUCGUGAGCGAUAUCCCGAACUACCGUUUAACUUCUUCAAGGAUCGCACUAUGAUAUACUUCAAUAAGGCACAUGAGCGUUUAAAACGUAAGCAAUUGAACAAAGUUGAUGCUGCUUGUAACGUGGAUAGUAAUGACUGUGAGGUGAAGGAACAGGAAAGAUUUAAGCAAGCGCGUAACGAUGCAGAAACUAAUGAUGAUGGUGUGGAUGCAGUAUUUCAAGAAGUAUUCUGUCGAUGAAACAAAUUGAUUAUUCAAAAAAUGCCGAAAACCGUAACUCUCCAAUAUACUCUUGUUGUUGUUGUUGUAGCAGUAA